GUUUUCUUCGCGCUCGCUGUCUGCGAGGUUUAGACUUCCCGCACGCCACAAAAAGAAGCUAAAGCGCAGAAGUAAGGAUCUAUCCAUCUCCUAAACCUGCUUCAUCCUAAGAAGGUUAGCGAGGGAGCAGAAGUGUCCAUCCCAGCAAGCAAAAGGCACAGGCAGGAAGAAUCCCAGGGCAGGACGCCAGGCCCUCACAAGAACUAAAGGAGCCUCCUUCCCUGUUCACCUGGCCGUGCAGCGAGGGGUCUAAAUGGCCUCCCAUGUAAGAAGGGGAUCAUAGAAGAAGGGGGUAAGAGAAGGGUUUUCCACGGAGCAUGGCCUCGGCCAAAGAGGAUGGCGUGGAUGAAAGACUGCGGCAUAUUAAAGAAGAGGACUGUGAGUGGGGUGCGCCAGAGGAUGUGUGUGUGAAGGUGGAGGAUUGCCAAGAAAGACUUGCAGUUUGUAAAGAGGAGGAAGAGUGCAAGAGGGAGACCGUCGACAUUAAAGUGGAGGAUUUCGAAGAACUGCCGGUGAGUCUUGAAGUGGCAAAACACGAAACGGGGAACAUUUUCAAGCAAGAUGUGUGUGAGGAAUCUCCUUCCAGUUUACAGCCCUGGGUCACUCAUACAGGACCGCUGACUGGCCAGCAGAUUUUUAUGAAGCUGAAAUCGGAAUCAUGCGAGUUGGAAGAGAACAUCACUGAAGGAAACAGGAGAGACAGAGAAGAGCAGCAGCAGCAGUCAUCGGGGAGUGUGGGAACGAGUUUCCAGGAGAAUGGCUGCAUCUUUCCGUCUUCGUUUUCUCAGCCCUCUCUUCAGUGUGGAAUGCAAGUGAAAGAGGACAAGGAGAAGACCUCAACAAAGAGAUGGAAGAAUUUGACCCCAGUCAGUUCUCUAAUUGCUGCCAAACUGAUAGAAGGAGAGGCCGCCAACACUGAUCAACAACAAAUGACCACUGCAGAUGAAGAGGCUGUGUCUACCAGCUGUGUGCGUGGAAAAACUUGUACAAACAAAUCUAAAUCUACAGAUCAGAGGUCAACUGAUGUAAGACCAAAACAGUAUGCCUGUAGUGUAUGUGGUAAACUCUUUUCACGCAGCCACGAUCUUCUUAAACAUGAAAGAAUCCACACUGGAGAAAAACCCCAUUGCUGCCUAGAGUGUGGCAAACAAUUUUCACAAAUGAGCAAUCUUCAGCGGCACACAAGAAUCCACACUGGAGAAAAACCUUACUGCUGUUCUAAAUGUGGGAAGAGAUUCUUGCACAUCUUCCAACUGCAACGACACAUGAGAAUUCAUACUGGAGAAAAGCCGUAUUGUUGCCCUGAAUGUGGUAAACAAUUCUCAAGCAGCAGUGGCCUUUAUAAUCAUAAAAGAAUUCAUACUGGUGAGAAACCUCAUAGGUGUUCUGUAUGUGGCAAAAGAUUCUCCCAAACAAGUAAUCUUCUGAGCCACAUAAAAAUCCACACUGGAGAAAAACCGUAUUGCUGUUCUGAGUGUGGCAAACAAUUUGCCCGUAAUAGCAAUCUUCAGCAGCAUGUGCGAGUUCAUUCCGGAGAGAAGCCAUAUUCUUGUUCAGAAUGUGGCAAGAGCUUUUCCCAUAGCAAGAACUUUCAGGAACAUGCAAAACACCAUACUGGGCAGAAACCUUUUUGCUGUUCUGAUUGUGGGAAAAGAUUCAUAAAAAUUAAAUAUCUUAAACGCCAUCUGUUUACUCAUUCGGCAGAGAAACCUCAUCGUUGUGUGGACUGUGGCAAAACAUUUUUGUAUAGGAGCAGCCUUCAGGACCAUGCCAAAAUUCACACUGGAGAAAAACCUCAUUGUUGUUUGGAUUGUGGGAAAAGAUUUCUACAGAUAUGGCAUCUGAAACGCCACUUGAGAAUUCAUACUGGAGAAAAGCCGUAUAGUUGUAGUGAAUGCGGCAAACGGUUCUUUGAAACCAGACAACUUCAGGAGCACAUGCAAAUUCACACUGGAGAGAAACAUCACUGUUGUUUGGAAUGUGGCAAGAGAUUCUCACAGAAAGGUACCCUUCGCAAACAUGCAAGGGUCCAUAGUAGUGAGAAAUCUCACUGUUGUUCCGAAUGUGGGAAACGAUUCUCAGAUAUGCACAGUCUUCAGUGCCACAUCAGAAUUCACACUGGAGAAAAACCUUAUUGUUGUCCUGAAUGUGGUAAACAGUUCACACGCAACAGUCACCUUCUUACCCAUAAAAAACUUCAUUCUGUUAAGAAAUCUUACUGUUCUGAAUGCAGCCAGUGUUUCUUAGAUCUUGACAGUCUUAAUAACCACAUGGAAAUUCACAAAAUAUCUCAAGAUGCAAACAGAAGUGUGGUGAAUGUGGAGUAUGGUGUUCAGGGUUUGGCCUUCUUUACCCUGGCCAUGUCUCUGAGUGCUGAACACCUUGAACUUCUGGGCACUCCUGGUAAGGACAUCACUGGAGGACAACAGGUUCCUGGUCGCUUCACCCAGGGAGGUCCCAGUGAAGAUAGAGGAAAGCAGAGACUCCGGGCAGAGAAGAGUUUAACACAGAGAAUGGCCUACGCCAACAGUGACAGCCCGGAUGCAGGACUGGCUCACGUUAAGCAAGAGGACUGUGAGUGGGAUGCAUUCGCAGAUUUGGGUGUAAAGCUGGAGGACCCCAAAUGUGCCGGUUCGGUUUUAAAAGUGGAGGCGUCCAAAGGGGGAAUCGUUCAGAUUAAAGGCGAGGAUUCGGAUGAAUUCUACGCUAGCCUUGAACUGCAGGAUCAUGACAGUGGAAGUGUUUUGAAGCAAGACCUUUGUGAAGAAUCUCCUGCCGGUUCACUUCCCUGGUUGACUAAUACGGGACAACUGGCUACCCAGCUGACUUCAAGGGAACUGAAAUCGGAGUUUGAAGAGAAAAUCGCCGAGGAGAACAGGAAAGGAGAGGAACAGCCGUCACCUAGCAGUGGGGGAAUAAGUCUCCAGGAGAAUGGCUGCUUGUCCCAGUUUUCAUUUGCCCAGCCCUCUCUUCAGUGCAGACUGAAAUACAAACAGGAAAAGAUGAAGAAAUCAACAAGAGGAUCACAGCAUGUGCCAGCAGCCAUUUGGCCUUGCAGUUCUCUUUCUCUGGUCCAAGUAAUGCAGAUAGACGCCAUCAACGCUGAUCAACAGCAAGGGCAUAAAACAGAUCAAGAGUCUUUGUGUGCUGAGCAAGAGUGCAAACAAACUUUAAAAAUCAAAUCAGACUUUAGCAAUCUCGAGGCAGUCUGUACAACACCAACGCCUAAUUGCUGUUCUGAAUGUGGCAUGCAAUUUUCCGACAGUUGUGAUCUCCAAAGACACAUAGUAAUUCAUACUAGAGAAAACCCCUUUUACUGUACUGAGUGUGGCAAACGAUUUUCUGACAAACGUGGUCUCCAAAGACAUCAAAGAGUCCACAGUGGUGAAAAGCCCAUUUGCUGUGCUGAAUGUGGAAAAAGAUUUAGUCAAAAUAGCCAUCUUCGGAUCCACUUAAGAGUUCAUACUGGAGAAAAGCCGUAUUGUUGUUCUGAAUGUGGCAGACAAUUCAGUACAAGUGGUGCCCUUCAGAGGCAUAAAAGAAUCCAUACUGGAGAGAAGCCAUAUUUUUGUUCUGAAUGUGGCAAAAACUUCUCCACGAGUAGCCAUCUUCAACGUCACAUAAAAAGAGUUCAUACAGUGCAACAACCUUUCAAAACCAACUCAGACUUUGAAAAUCUCAAUUCAGUUUGUACAACACCAGAUCCAUAUUGCUGUUCCAAAUGUGGCAAGCAAUUUUCAGACUGUGAAAGUUUUCAAAGACAUACAAGAAUGCACACUGGAGAAAAGCCGUAUUGUUGUGCUGAAUGUGGCAAAGGAUUUAAGUGGAGUAGCCAUCUUCAGUAUCAUGUAAGAAUUCAUACUGGAGAAAAACCAUACUGCUGUUUGGAAUGUGGCAAACGAUUCUCUGACAAUCGUUGUUUCCAAAGACAUAAAAAGGUCCACACUGGAGAAAAGCCCUAUUGCUGUGGUGAAUGUGGAAAACGAUUUAUUCAAAGUAGCCAUCUUCGGAUCCACUCAAGAGUUCAUACUGGAGAAAAGCCUUAUUGCUGUUCAGAAUGUGGCAAACAAUUCAGUGUAAGUAGUGCCCUUCAGAGGCAUAAAAAAAUUCAUACAGGUGAGAAGCCAUAUUUUUGUUUGGAAUGUGACAAAAACUUCUCUAGUAGCAGCCAUCUUCAACGUCACGUAAGAAGAAUUCAUACUGGGCUGCAAACUUUGUCUACUGGGCAAGAAGAGUGCAAACCAACUUUUAAAACCAUUUCUGACUUUAAAAACCACAAGUCAGUUUAUGCAAGACCAAAACCCUAUUGUUGUUCUGAAUGUGGCAAGCGAUUUUCUGAUAGUGAAAGUUUCCAAAGACAUACAAAAAGACACACAGGAGAAAAGCCAUACUGUUGUAUUGAAUGUGGCAAAAGAUUUAGGUGGACGAGUGAUCUUCAGAGUCACACAAGAAUUCAUAUCGGAGAGAAACCAUACUGCUGUUUGGAAUGUGGCAAACGAUUCUCUGACAAUUGUAGUUUCCAAAGACAUAAAAGAACCCACACUGGAGAGAAGCCCUUUUGCUGUACUGAAUGUGGAAAAAGAUUUAUUCAAAGUAGCAAUCUUCAGACCCACGCAAGAGUUCAUACUGGAGAAAAGCCUUAUUGCUGUUCUGAAUGUGGCAAACGAUUCCGUACAAGUAGUGCCCUUCAUAGGCAUAAAAGAACUCAUACAGGAGAGAAACCAUAUUUUUGUUCGGAAUGUGGCAAACACUUCUCUAGGAGUAGCCAUCUUCAACAUCACAUAAGAAGAAUUCAUACAGUUUUGCAAAGUUAAGGGAGCAAGAACUGAUCUCAUGAAUUAAGACUGAGGCUCACUUCUGUCUUGAUAGUAAGUACAAGAAGAAAAUUUGGAAACAAACUCUAGAAAUGUUGCAUGGUUCUUGUAAAUGUUGCAAAAGACUAUUCCAUUAAAAAAAAUAUUCAGAAACACAAAGGAAUCCACAGUGAAGUUAGAAAUAAAACCGUACAAUUAGACUAUCCUGAUUAAAGAGUGAGGUUCACAUCUGUUGUGAUAGUGAGUACAAGAAAAUCUGGUAAAGUUAAAGGGAGGGAAGCCAUAUUGCUCCUGUGAAUGUGUGAAAAGAUUCCCCCAUCACCAGUCUUCAGAAUCUGAUCAGAAAUCAUAUGUUGUGAAUAUGGCAAAUUACUUUCCCAUUACAGCAGCCUUACCCGUUGUUCAAAUAUAUACACUGAAGCAAAACUUUCUUGCUGCUCAAUAUGUGGCAAAGGAUUCUCAAUUUCAAGUCAUUUCCAUCACAACUUAUGAAUCCACAGUGGCGAGAACUCUUCUGGGUAGACUCAUUGUGGUAAAUGAUUCUGAAACAGCAGUGGACUUAAAUCAUAAAAGAGUUCACAUUGAUAAGAGGCCACAUGACUGUUCUGAAUGUGUCAAGUGUUUCUCACACAGCAAUAACCCCAUGACAAUUCACACUGGAGGAGGCCUUGAAGGAGUAAGUUGCAGGGUGGAGAACAAAUGAGUGGAAGGAAGACUGACACGUAACUGUCCUAACUAGUACUACAGACUUAUGUUGGUCUUAAUGGCACUUAAAGAAAAUGUUUUUAGCACUUAUGUGGUGUGACUUUGAUUCGAUCUUCGUACAGAAACAUGAACUGGAGGAGAAAUAAAGAGUGGGAGGGAGAGAGAGCGUAAUUUUUCCUUUUGCUGUUUUUCUCUAGCAUUGCACCAGGACUGCUAUAAACACACACACCACUUUCCUUC